CAAUAAAUGUAUCUAAUAAAUUUAAAUAUAACAUAACAAAUAAAAGCUUGUAAAUUUUUUUAAAUAUUUUUUUUUACUGCGAUUGUUGUAGGUUCUAAGUAAAACAAAAUCAUGAAGUUUUACUUAGUAUCAGUGUUGAUGUGUUUAUUGUUAGUGGAUUAUGCAUAUGGAUAUGGAAUUUAUAUUAGAAAACGGCGUAUGACCAAGCCGGAAUUUAAAAUUUGUGUACCUCAUCAAUUUUUGGAUUCAUGUAAUGAUAUGGCAAAAGCCGAAACACAAGAUGGUUCAAUUGUGAGUUGUGUGGGUGCCCGUGAUAGAUCACAAUGUUUGAGUUUAAUUCAACAACGUUCUGCUGAUUUUACGCCCGUUGAUCCAGAAGAUAUGUGGGUAGCCGGUAGUUUAGCAGAUGAAGAUUUUAAGGUGUUCGAUGAAGUUCGUACAAAAGAAGAACCUAAUGCUGAAUUCCGUUACGAGGGUGUUGCUGUUGUCCAUCGUGAUUUAGAAAUAAAUUCAUUAGAACGACUAAAAGGAUUGAAAUCAUGCCAUACAGGAGUUGGUCGUAAUGUAGGUUAUAAAAUUCCACUCACAAAACUACGUAAAUUUGGUUUAAUUGGUGCGUUAAAUGAUCCAGCCUUAUCACCCAGAGAAAAUGAAUUAAAAGCUUUCUCAACAUUAUUCUCAAAAGCUUGUAUUGUUGGUAAAUGGUCUACUGAUCCUGAUAUUAACAAACGAUUGAAACGGAAAUAUUCAAAUCUUUGUGCACUUUGUGAAAAACCUGAUGUCUGUGAUUAUCCUGAUAAAUUCUCUGGCUAUGAUGGUGCCCUUCGAUGCUUAGCACAUAAUGGUGGUGAAAUUGCUUGGACAAAAGUAUAUUAUGUUAAGAAAUUCUUUGGUAUGCCAAUUGGAAAUUCACCUGGAGUUGAAUCCAAAGAAAAUCCAGAAAAAUAUGCAUAUCUAUGUCCAAAUGGAACAAAAUUCCCCAUCCAAUAUCCAACACCAUGUGUUUGGGCUGCAAGACCAUGGCAAGGAUUUAUCACAAACGAUGACCAUAUCGCAAAUAUUGCACAAUUACAAUUAAAAUUAAAAGAAUUGAAUAAAAUUGGUGAAGAAACCCAAGCCACUUGGUUUGAACGUGUAUUAACAUUAAACAAUAAAACUUUUAUUCACGAAGCAACCGACGUUUUGCCAGCAAAAUUAUAUUUAGAUAAAGCAAAUUAUACAGAUGUUAUUGAACGUGAUUAUGGACCACCAAAGAAAACCGUUCGCUUUUGUGUAAUGAGUGCGGAUGAGAUGAAGAAAUGUCGUGAAUUUAGUAAAAUGGCAUUCUCUAGAAAUAUUCGACCACAAUUUGAUUGUAUUCAACAAGAUGGUAUACUUGAAUGUUUGAAAUUAGUCCGAGAUAAUGGUGCCGAUAUUUUAACAUUAGAUGCAAGUCAAGCUGAUCUUGCGAAACGCGAAUAUAAUUUAAAAGCAAUUGUGUCAGAGGUAACUGGUGAAGCUGGAGGUUUAUAUUAUAGUGUUGCUGUUGUUAAGAAAUCCAGUAAAUAUAAUAGUUUCGCUGAUUUACGUGGAGCCCGAUCAUGUCAUCCAAGCUAUGGAAGUUCCGCUGGCUACAAUGCACCAUUGUAUACUCUUAUUAAUUUAGGACUAAUACCACAACGUUCAUGUCCCUAUGUUAAAGCUUUUGCUGACUUUUUCUCUGGCGGUAGUUGUUUACCAGGUGCAUUAGCAUCCGAAAAUAAUCCCGAAGAUAAUAAUCCAGCUAGUUUAUGCCAAAAUUGUGUUGGUAAUGUUGAUGGAAAGGAUAUUGAAAAAACUAAAUGCAAAAAUGAUUUGUCUGAAGCAUUCUUUGGAUAUAAUGGUGCAUUUAGAUGUUUAGCUUCUGGUUAUGGUGAUGUUGCAUUUAUUAGUCACGAUACUGUCGUCAAAAAUACAGAUGGCGCAAACAAAGAUAAAUGGGCAGUUUCAUUGGCAUCAGCAGAUUAUGAACUUUUAUGCCCAACUGGUGGCCGUGCAACAAUUGCUGAUUAUGCUAAAUGUAAUCUUGCAAAAAUUCCACCAAAUAUGGUUGUAACAAAUAAUGCUAAGAAUGAUGGAGAAAUUGAUGAAAUUCGCCAUGCAAUUAUCGAAGCAGGUCAAACCUUUGGUAAACGUCCUGAUUUAUUCAAACUUUUUGGUCCAUAUGCAGGAAAGAAAGAUUUAUUAUUUAAGGAUAGUGCACAUGGUUUAGUGGCAAUUGAUAAAGAAACACCUGUAAUGAAAGAUUAUGAAAAAUUAUUACAGCAAGUCCGUUCAUGUGAUCAUUCGGACAGAAAAUAGUAUUAAAAAUUCUGUGGAUUAUGUGGAAAUGCGUUCUCUACAGCAUUAAAUAAUUAAUCUCAUUAUGUUGUAUUUUAAUGAAGUGUUUUAACAAUUUUAAUUUUUUACUUUUGUUAAAAUACUUUUUGAGUUUGUGUGUGAAAAUCCAUAACAAAAAAAUUAGAAAUAAAGUGUGUUUAUUUUGAACU